AUGGGCCGCGCCUGGCAGGCGCUGCGGGCACUGCGCCUGCGGCUCCUGGGGCCGGGGAAGGAGCUGGUGGGCACCGACCAGUUCGGCAACAAGUACUACCGCGUGCCUCAGCACCAGACCGGCGCAGGGCAAAUUAAACCUGAAAGAAGGUUUGUAGAAGCAGUAAAUCGGCAAGCAUAUCAGUAUGAGAUGGGUGACUUUCCAACAGAAUGGGAAGCUUGGAUAAGAAAAAAAAGAAAGGAUCCACCCACCAUUGAGGAGAUUCUUAAGAAUGAGAUGUACAGACAAGAAAUGAAACAGAAAGUCAAAGAUGUGUAUGAAAAGGAUAAGCUCCUUCAGACCAAGGAAUAUAAGGAGGGACUUGUUGCUGAACCACUUCAUGCUCAGAUUAAAGGCCAUGCAUCAGCUCCCUACUACGGAAAGAAAGAGCCGUCCCAAGACCCAACAAGCACCGCGAGUACCUUUCAGCCGGGUUCCUGGAUGCCACCAGGAAGUGACAGUAGUAAAAAGAACCAGCUUUAAUGUACAGAUAUUGCCAAUAGAUAGAUGCUUUAAUAGGCAACAUAAACAGCUGUUAUAUAUAGUGGGUGUGCAAUAAAGGAGUAUUAAAUCCAAGUUUCAUUUAUUUUUGCACAAUUGUUCAGAGAGGCUUAAUUGUGCCAAACUACUACAAAAUAUUUGAAUUCAGUGGAAAACAGGAUGGGUUACUGAGGAAGUUCAUUCUCAAAUGUUUCUUUUCCUGUUAUUGAUUGAAUCACUGAAGAUAAGUUUUCAAGGUAAUUUUCUCAAAUGACUCUAAAUUGCUUUUUUCUUGAAGAUGGAUUUAUCUUUAACUUUGCGUUUGAUGUAGUAAAUUUCAGUUGAUUAGUACACAUAAUUAUCUUCUCAAACAUAGGUGUUAAAAGUAGUUCUUAAUUCCAUGUUAGUUCCAGUUAGUUUCCAUGUCUGUACCUGUAUGCUGAACUUUCAAGCUUCUGAUAAUUGGACAGAAAAGUUCACUUCACUAACAGGAAUCACUGUAAUACUGCAGUAAUUUUGGGCAUUUUUGUGAUUUAUUUUAAUAAAGGAAUUACUAUAUCUGAA